UCCACAAUCUAGCACACACCUGCUCUGUCUGCGCGCCUUGAGAACGGAUAAAAUCCCUCCUCCUUCACUCUCUCACUCAAAGCCAAAGCCACUGAAACUCAAUAACACAGUUAAAAAUGCUAGCAAACCCUAGCACCAGUACUACUCUCCAUUACAGGCCGAAUUCCACACACAACCCUCCAUUUUCCCACACUAAUCAUCGCUGCAAGCUCUCUCUCUCCCCUAAUUGCCCUCGCUUCACCAAUUUUGCAAAAUCCAAGUGUUCUUCACUUUCUCUGCUUCUAUCAAGAAGAAAACGUGAAAGGUUGGUUACUGUAGUCAAAGCUUUCGAGGACACUUCUGCUGUAAAUGACGGCCCUCAGUCUUUGCCUCAGCCUAUUUCUGUCAAAAUCCCCGUCGGUGACAGACAUAUAAUGGUUGAGACGGGCCAUCUUGGGAGACAAGCUAGUGGUUCUGUCACAGUCACAGAUGGAGAAACUAUUAUCUAUACAUCUGUUUGUCUGGAUGAUGUUCCUAGUGAGCCUUCUGAUUUCUAUCCUCUUUCUGUAAACUAUCAAGAGCGAUUUUCUGCAGCAGGUCGAACUAGUGGAGGAUUUUUCAAACGAGAAGGGAGGUUGAAAGAUCAUGAGGUUCUUAUUUGUAGAUUGAUAGAUAGGCCUUUGCGCCCAACUAUGCUCAAGGGAUUUUACCAUGAAACUCAGAUACUAUCUUGGGUUUUAAGCUAUGAUGGCUUGCAUUCUCCAGAUUCUUUGGCUGUCACAGCAGCUGGGAUAGCAUUAGCUCUUUCGGAAGUGCCAAAUACAAAAGUGAUUGCAGGAGUUCGAGUUGGCCUUGUUGACAACAAAUUUAUUGUGAAUCCAACAACCAAGGAGAUGGAAGAGUCAAAAUUAGAUUUAUUGCUGGCUGGAACAGACAGUGCAAUAUUCAUGAUAGAGGGUUAUUGCAAUUUUCUUCCGGAAGAAAAAUUGCUUGAAGCAGUACAAAUUGGACAGGAUGCAGUGAGGACAAUUUGCAAUGAGGUGAAUGCUUUGGUGAAGAAGUGUGGGAAACCUAAAAUGCUUGAUGCAAUCAAAUUACCUCCUCCUGAGCUAUAUAAGCAUAUGGAGGAAAUCGCUGGUGAUGAGUUAAUAAAAGUGUUGCAAAUUAGGAAUAAAGUACCAAGAAGAAAGGCCCUUCAAUCACUGGAAGAAAAAGUGCUUAGUAUACUUACAGAAAAGGGAUAUGUAAGCAAGGAUCAAAGUUUUGGAAUCCCUGAAACAGUUGCAGACUUGCUAGAGGUUGAAGAGGAGGAUGAGGAAGUUGUUGUAGAUGGUGAAGUAGAUGAAGGUGAUGUCCACAUAAAGCCAAAUGGACGCAGAUCCUCUCCUUCGCUGUUUUCUGAGGUGGAUGUGAAGCUGGUAUUUAAAGAAGUUACAUCCAAAUUCUUGCGGAGACGUAUUGUGGAGGGAGGAAAAAGAAGUGAUGGGAGAACCCCAGAAGGGAUACGUCCAAUUGAUUCCAGCUGUGGAUUACUCCCUAGAGCACAUGGAAGUGCUCUUUUCACCCGUGGAGAAACACAGUCAUUGGCGGUUGUUACACUUGGUGAUAAACAAAUGGCACAAAGAGUAGACAACCUUGUGGAUGAAGAGGAAUUCAAGAGGUUCUAUCUACAGUACUCAUUUCCUCCAUCAUGUGUUGGAGAAGUAGGCCGCAUAGGAGCACCUAGUAGAAGAGAAAUCGGUCAUGGAAUGCUUGCUGAGAGGGCUCUUGAACCUAUAUUGCCUUCUGAAAAUGAUUUUCCUUAUACUGUACGAGUUGAGAGUACAAUCACAGAAAGCAAUGGCUCCUCAAGCAUGGCCUCUGUUUGUGGAGGCUGCUUGGCACUACAAGAUGCUGGUGUUCCUGUGAAAUGUAUGAUUGCUGGCAUAGCAAUGGGUAUGGUUCUCGACACUGAGGAAUUUGGGGGCGAUGGAACACCACUCAUUCUGUCUGACAUAACCGGAUCAGAAGAUGCUUCUGGAGAUAUGGAUUUCAAGGUUGCUGGAAAUGAAGAUGGAGUAACUGCAUUUCAGAUGGACAUAAAGGUUGGGGGAAUUACUUUACCUGUCAUGAAGACGGCAUUGCUACAAGCAAGGGAUGGCCGAAAGCAUAUUCUUGCUGAAAUGUUGAAAUGCUCACCUUCCCCUUCUAAAAGGCUUUCUAAGUAUGCCCCAUUGAUUCAUGUUAUGAAGGUCAAUCCAGAGAAAGUUAACAUUAUCAUUGGUUCUGGUGGGAAGAAGGUGAAGAGUAUCAUAGAAGAAACUGGAGUAGAGGCUAUUGACACACAGGAUGAUGGAAUUGUAAAAAUUACUGCAAAGGAUUUGUCAAGUAUAGAGAAGUCCAUAUCCAUUAUUAGUCAACUAACUAUGGUUCCAGCUGUUGGUGAUAUCUACAAGAACUGCGAGAUCAAAUCAGUAGCUCCUUACGGAGUUUUUGUUGAGAUAGCCCCGGGGCAUGAGGGACUCUGCCACAUUAGUGAACUGAGUUCUAACUGGUUGCCGAAGGCAGAAGAUGCUUUCAAAGUUGGAGAUCGUGUUGAUGUUAAACUCAUUGAGGUAAAUGGAAAGGGACAACUUCGCCUUAGUCGCAAAGCAUUACUUCCUGAAGCAACUUCAGAGAAGUCCAGUGCAGAGCAGCAGGCAAGGGAUUUAACUGAAGGGAAUACUGAACAGUCAAAGGAUAAAAGCCGUGCUACAAAAUUUGUAAAUCUCACCAAAGUUGAUUCAGUAGAGGAUGCUCCACUUUCAAAAAAGAAGGCUUACAAGAGAUUAACCAGUUCUGCCAGAGAUGGACCGAAGAACAGUAGUACAACUGUCAGUAGCAUCGCAAGCAAAGAUGAAAAUAGUUUAGUGAAUGGAGAAGCUAAGAUUGGAUAGUAAACAUAUUCCGUUCUUCAUUCAAGGACAUGUUGGUUUUGUUAUUGUGGUAAAAGAUGAUGAGAAAGAGACCUAAAGGAAGGAGUCAAUUAAAACACGGUGCCAUCCAGAAUCCUGCGCUUUCUGUUGAUCAGAUUGUGAGGUCAUAUUGCUGAAGGAACUUAUUCCACUAGCUGAAUUGUUUACCAAGGAAAUGAAAUGGAAGGUGGGUCUUCUGAACAAUUAAUUCAUUCUUGACAAAAGGCUGUGCACUGUUGCCAUUGAGGAAAAGAAAACUACUAUUUGAGAAGAGAGAAAGCAUCAUGCAAUAAUAUGCUUGGAAAUUGUUGGUGUAUAUUCAAUUUAUGGUUUCACCACAAUUUUCCACGUACUCUCGCUCUCUGUAUCUGCUCGUUUCUUUCUCUUUGGAAGUAGUCGUGCGGGUGUGCUUUGUUGUAUCAUCUUUGGAAGUAUGACUGCAAGGGAUCCUUAAAGCUUUAUGCUUUUGCAAAAUGUAUUGCGAUCCUCUUAACCUUUUCUCUGCAGGUUAGCUGCAAGCUGGUCUAAUUUUUUCAUCCAA